AUGGCCACCCUCUUCACCCUCCUCGCCCUCGUCGUGCUCUUAGCCUCUCCUUUCUACGUGAUCUACAAGCCGCCCGCUCUCCUGAUAAGGUACUUCCAGUGGAAAUGGCCCGACGUCCUGUGGCAGGUCGACACGACCCGUAAAGUCGUCGCCCUGACCAUCGACGACGCCCCCUCCGAGUACACGACCGAGAUCGUCCAGCUGCUGAAGGAGAACGACGCCCGGGCCACCUUCUUCGUGAUCGGCUCGCAGGUCCAGGGCCGCGAGGACUACCUCGGCGAAGUGGUGCAGAACGGCAACGAGCUCGGCAACCACGCCAUGCACGACGAGCCCUCGCGGUCCCUGAGCGACGCCCAGCUGGAGCGCGAGAUCCGCGCCGUCCGCAACCUGAUCCGACGCGCCUACGUCGCCGAGGACCUCCCCAUGCCGCCCAACUAUUUCCGCCCCGGGUCCGGCUUCUUCAGCGACCGCAUGCGCGCCCUCGUCGACAAGCUGGGCUACCGGCUCGUCCUGGGCGGCAUAUACCCCCACGACCCGCAGAUUAGUUGGUGGCGCGCCAACGCGAACCAUAUCCUGAGCAUGCUGAGGCCCGGCGCCAUCAUUAUAUGCCAUGAUAGGCGGAGCUGGACUCUGCCCAUGCUUCGCAAAGUCCUUCCCGAGAUUAAGAGACGGGGGUACGAUAUCGUCACUGUCACCGAGUUGGUCAAGGAAGGAGAGUCUUGA